ACAUAAGAUCACGUGACACAUCCACACUUCCUUUUUCCAUCGUCGACGCACGAGUUGACAACAUGACUGCACCAUCACCGGCUGUUCAGAAGGGAAUAGUGAAACAGAUCCUCUCGGGGGAUGCUGUUGUUAUACGAGGGCAACCCCGUGGGGGGCCCCCACCAGAGAAGACCAUCUGCUUCUCCAACAUUACAGCUCCAAGGAUGGCUCGACGUCCAAACCCUAACAUGGAGGGUGCAACAGAAACUAAAGAUGAGCCAUUUGCAUGGGAAGCAAGAGAAUACCUGAGGAAGAAGUUGAUUAACAAAGAAGUUGUCUUCACUGUAGAGUACAAAGUUCCUGGGACUGGACGGGAAUAUGGAUGUGUUUAUCUUGGAAAAGACAUGAAUGGUGAGAACAUGACAGAACAGCUGGUUUCCGAGGGAUUGGUGGAAGUACGGAGAGGCGGAGUCAGGGCUGAUGAUGCCAGCCAGAGCGCUUUGAUCCAGCUGGAAGAUGGAGCCAAAUCAGCAGGCAAAGGCAAAUGGGCAACCGAAGGCAUCAAACCAGACAGUAUCAGAGAUGUAACGUGGGUCAUAGAGAAUCCUCGUAAUUUUGUUGACUCACACCAUAAUGAACCCAUAGAUGCUGUGAUUGAACAUGUGCGAGAUGGCUGUACGGUGCGAGCGUUCCUCCUCCCCUCAUUUGAUUAUGUAACAGUCAUGUUGUCUGGAAUCAAAUGUCCUAUGUUUAAACAAGACGAGGAGGGUAAACAGAUGGCAGAGCCUUUUGCCACUGAGGCUAAAUAUUUCACCGAAGUGAGGCUGUUACAACGUGACGUCAAGAUUAUCCUGGAGGGCGUUUCAAAUCAGAAUUUACUCGGCACAGUCAUUCACCCGAACGGAAACAUUGCCGAGCUGCUGUUGAAAGAAGGGUUUGCUCGCUGUGUGGACUGGAGCAUGGGUGUCGUGACACAGGGAGCUGAAAAACUCCGGGCAGCAGAAAAAUCUGCCAAGGAGAAGAAAUCACGUAUUUGGAAAGACUACAAAGUACAGGAACAAAGUGUUGACCUCAAAGACCAGAGUUUCUCGGGCAAGGUUGUUGAAGUUGUGAAUGGAGACGCUUUAAAUGUAAAAGCAGGCGACACAAUCAAAAAGGUUUUCUUAGCCAGCAUACGGCCACCAAGACAACAACUUGAGCAGAAUGAGAAUGCACCACCAGCCACCAAAGAAGCUAACAAGAGGCCACGCCCCCUGUAUGAUAUACCCUAUAUGUUUGAGGCCAGAGAAUUCCUCAGGAAAAAACUGAUUGGAAAGAAAGUGAGCGUACAAGUAGACUACAUACAACCUCCAAAUCAGGGCUUCCCAGAGAAAAUUUGUGCAACUGUCACAACAGGAGGAGUAAAUGUCGGAGAAGCGUUAGUAGGUAAAGGCUUGGCAACAGUGAUAAGAUAUCGCCAGGACGACGACCAGCGCUCCUCCCACUAUGACGAGUUACUGGCAGCCGAAGCCAGGGCCAUUAAAAAAGGCAUGGGACUGCACUCCAAAAAGGAGCCACCAAUUCACAGAGUUGCUGAUGUAUCAGGGGACAUCACAAAAGCCAAACAGUUUCUGCCCUUCCUUCAGAGGGCUGGCAGGUCUGAAGCCGUUGUAGAGUUUGUAGCCAGCGGUUCCCGACUUCGUCUCUUUAUUCCACGAGAAACGUGUCUCAUUACAUUCCUCGUGUCAGGUAUCUCAUGCCCAAGGGGUACACGCAACAUGCCUGGUGGAGUGGUAACCCCGGCUGAGCCCUUCGGUGACGAGGCAAUGCUUUUCACCAAGGAGAUGUGUCUACAGCGCGAGGUCGAAGUUCAGGUGGAGGCCAUGGACAAGGGAGGUAACUUCAUUGGCUGGCUGUUUGUGGAGAACGUGAACCUGUCUGUUGGACUGGUGGAAGAAGGACUGUCCAAAGUCCACUUUACUGCUGAGCGCAGCAACUACUACAAGGCACUGUGUGUCGCUCAGGACCAAGCCAAGUCCAAGAAACUUAAUCAAUGGGCAACAUAUGAGGAGCCCAUUGAGAAGGAAGAGGUGAUCGAGGACACAUCGGACAGGAAUGUUACCUACAAAAAGGUGGUCGUUACAGAAGUCUCUCCUGAUGAACUCAAAUUCUACGCUCAAUGUGUGGACAACGGCCCUCAGUUAGAGAAGCUGAUGGAACAGCUACGACAAGACAUGGAGUCCAACCCUCCCCUGACAGGCUCCUACACACCAAAGAAGGGCGAAGUGUGUGCUGCACAGUUCUCUGUAGACGAAUCAUGGUACCGAGCUAAGGUGGAGAAAGUGGAGAGAUCUCAUGUGAAAGUACUGUUUAUUGACUACGGAAAUAGAGAAAAGACAGAUGUCUCAAGGUUAGCCAAGUUGCCUGCCACAUACCAGACUCUGGCUCCCCAAGCUCAGGAGUACGCCAUGGCAUGUGUAACACUGCCUCCGGAUGAGGACUCAAAAGCAGAUGCCCUUGAUGCAUUCUACAAUGACAUCAUAAACAAGGAACUUAUGAUGAACACUGAGUACAAGGCACCUGGUCUGGAAUUUGUGACGCUCGUCCUCCCUGACACCAAGGAUGACGUUUCACAGGGUCUCAUAUCUGCAGGCUGGAUCCUUGCUGAAAGGAGACGUGAGAAAAGACUUGCCAAGAUUGUGUCAGAUUACCAGAAAGCACAGGAGAAGGCCAAAAUUGCCAGGGUUAACUUAUGGAGAUAUGGUGACUUUACGGAAGAUGACGCCAAAGAGUUCGGCUAUAAGAAGUGAAAAUGCUUCAGUCUAUCUGCUGGUCUUUCACCCCUUCAAGAAGUAAUGAGACUUCCAAACGGUUGAAGGACUCUGCAACCAUCUCUGUCAACACAAGUGAAACUUAGAAAUAAUUUAAAUGUACACAAGUGGAAUCUAGAAUUUGUACGAAACAGUACAGAGGAGACUUUUCUCAGACAAACAAUGAGUUAUGUGCCACAGAAAGGUGACUUUGACUUCUGUCAAUCAAAUCAAAUGCCAUUAAAUUAUUUGUUACAAUGAUCUGAAAACUGUUCUGAACCUGAAGCUGGAUUGUUCUGCUUUUUGUUUUGGUUUGCUGGACAGCUUCUCUAACAAACAGUUGUCUUUGAAAGUAGAAGUUUUACUUUAUACUGUAGGCGAGUUGGCUUUAGACUCGAGCAGGAAGUGGUACAUGUGUCUUAAGAAUUUUUUCCUCUGUCACUGUGUUCGUUGUGAUAUUACAAAAAUUGAUGCAUUAACACAAGUGGAAUCUAGCCAAAUUUAUUUAACUUUUUUUUUUUACAAAACAAGAAAAAUGCAAAUAUUUAAAAUAAAAAUUAGACAAAACAUGUGGAAUCUAGCUAUUUUGUGUGUAGUUUUUAAUUAGGAGAACUGUAUCAUUCUGGAUAUUUGACCAUGUUGGUUGUUACGAUGAAUAACGCCUCAUUACCUGAGGUUGGGGAGGCAUGACUGCGUUGUUGUGUGAAAGGAGUGUUUGAGUCAGUAACUUUGUUCAUGUAACUGGCAUGCUUGGUGCUGAGACAUUUGACUAUGUGUUGAUUGCAGUGGCAUUUACCCAUUCAUCCCUGAGGACAUUUGAACUCUUCCAAUUCAAAUGUUGGAAUAGUUCAUUAUGAAAUCUCAGGGGCGAAUGAGAAAUCCCUCUUGUAUAAUUUUUCAGCCUUGUGCAUUCGAUUUAAUGUAUUUAUCACCGACUAUUAUUGGUCAUUACUGGUCAUUUUCUCACAAUGAAUGGUCAGAAAGGGGAUGAUUUUUUUUUUGUUAGUUGCAUGAUUGAGUACACAGUAUAAACUGAUGGCACUGUCUCUAGGAUAAAGUAUUAAAGAUGACCUGUUGCUUGAUGUAUAACCUGUUAUAAUUGCAUUUUAAGACAUGUGACGGGGACAUGCCCCGGGGAUAUUUUUGUAAAUCACUGCAGCAAUCCCUCUAUAGGGGGUGGUCUGGUACCAGACUAUCACAAAAGGCAGACACAUUGAAGCCCUAUUAGUGUCCUCACGACAGUAACAGAAGUAUUUUUGUAUUAUUGAAUUCAAAACAGAAUCUUGUGUUAUAUUUUAAUCAGACUCUGGCCUAAUUUGAAGUUACCAUUUUAGGAUACCUGUCCAUAUAGCAGGUGUAAACUUGUAUAUCUGGUAACUUAGGUGGGUACGAUGUACCUGUGUUUUACCUGUGUUGUGUGAAACAUACACGGGGCGCCUGGCAUGGUGUGUCCUGUGCUGGAGUGUGGUAGACGCUUGGCUAUCUGUGCAAAUAAAGUAAGUUAUUCAAGCUGAUUGGGAAUGGGAAUAAUAUUGUACAUUAUGUAUACAAUACAUACACCAAACUUCAUCUAUAUGUCACUGUGUCAUUGACUGGGUCAUCGGGUGGUGUUAGGGCAAUGAAAUUAUUUAUUAAAAUGUUAAAAAUGCCCUUACUGUUUGCAUGCACACGCCUUGGAGUGGAAAAUUAUUAUCUGUAUAGCAAAAUAAAAAAGUUUCAAAAAUUGGAACAAUCAAAUACCGAUUUUUAAGUUCUGAGUUUAUUUGUUCAGGUGAAGAUAUGUUAAAUACAUUUAGAGUAACUAUAUUUGUGAAAAAUAUUUCCCCUUAUGUUUAGUACUGAUUGUGGUUGUUAAAGAUAGAAAAAAAGAUGCCAAUCUUUCUUGUGGAGUCAGUGUGGUGAAAGGGGUCACAGUUUUUUCAUGUGAGUAAGAUUUGGUUGUACAGUUGUAUAUGCAAAUAAAUAAUUAAAAGUGCUUCCAGACAAUCAUUAUUCUAAAUCACAGGGACGUGACACCUGCUACUUUAUAAGUACUGAGAUUUACAUACAGUGUGACUCCCAUUUAUAGUUAUCUUAAGUUUUAUAGCAUAUUACAUAUCCCUGUGUUCUAUGUUAGACAUACUCUGAAAGCACCAGUUGUUUUUUGUUAUGUUUCUGAGAACAUUAGGACUUGUUCUGAAAGCUUCAUAUCCAUAAUUGUCAAAACUGACAGGGGUGAUAACUGUGACUGGUGCAAAUGCAUUAUGCUGCUCGGGUCCCUGGAUUGUGGGGAAAGACAGCAUAAGGGUAUAUCUUAAUUGUGGGAUGAAUGCAAAUAACUAUUUAUUUUAAUUGCAUGUUUUGAUAUAUUAGACAUGGCCCUCCAAACUCUCCUGUAGAAAUAAUUUUGAGUGCUGGUCACUGAAAUUUAAACCAUUUGGUUUAAUAACCUCUGUUUUGAAAUAACUGUAUGCAGAAUGUAAAAGAUAUUUUUAAUUAACAUUUUUAGUUUAUCAGGAAUGUACUGUAUUUGCAGAUGCAUCAUAUUUAUUAAUAUAUAUCUACAAGCCAAUAAUGAAUAGGCUACAUUAUUCGCAGCAAAUCGGAAGAGUAAGAUUUGUGUACAUGUGGUAAUGGAUUUAUAUGAAUCAUUGUACAAUGUGUGUACACGAAGUUCAUAGACUAUGAACCCUCGUACCAUAUAAAUUCUAUGAACUUGUGAUUACCAGGCUUGUGAAUUCUUGCCAAUGUGUUCACAUCUCAUUCAUAUACUAUGAACCCUUGCACAAUAUUGUAUACCUGUGGUUCAUAGACUUGUGAAUCCUUGUAUGAUUUGUGUAUUUGUGGCUCAUAAGCUAUGGAAACUCGCAUGAUAUCUGUACCUGUGGUUCAUAUAAUUGAGAAUCUUAGUAUGAUUUGUGUACUUUUGGUUCAUAGACUAUGAACCCUUGUAACUCAGGUUCAUAGACUUCUGAAACUAUGAACCCUUGUAUGAUAUGUGUACCUGUGGUUCAUAAACUUAUGAACCCUUGUAUGACAUGAGUACCUGUGGUUCAUAGACUUAUGAAUCCUUGUAUGUGUCUUUUGUUUAAAACGGUUGUUUCCACAUAAAUGACCCUGUUAUUGACACCAUUGUGAACAUAUAUAUCAACAUUAAACCAUUUCACGUUACAUA